UUGUGGGGUAGGUCGCAGAUAUUCGUGGUCAACACGACAUAUAUCAAAUAAACCUCGUUCAUUCCGAAAGUGCGCUUUUCGAUUCGUCACCCUUGACAAGUGAAUACCUGUGAGUCACCGUGGGAUCGAUUUCCGGUCGGGAAAACCAUCUUGGAAAGAUUCAGGAGAGAAUUUGGUCUUCCGAAGCAGAAUCGGGCGUGAACGGGUCCUACGCGGCGUAACUAACGUCUGCUUCCUUGUACGAUGUGAUUAUACGCAGUAUUGAAUUUUUCGACUGUUACCAGACAAAAAAAAUCGACGGUCACGGCUGCUACAUCGGAAUUCUGUGAACAUUCUUUGACUCCAUGGCGGAGAAAAUGUAUUACUGGGGCGAGGAGAAGGAUCAAGUUGACCCCGACCAGACCUUCAUACAAUUCAAGGCCAAAUCGGUGGCGACGGAUAAGAAGCGCGAGCCGUCUCGUACUGUGCCGAAGAUGACGGUGUCUUCGCCACAGGGUAAAAUGACCGAGAUUGGUAAUAGAGAGGAGGAUGCCGAACGCGGCGGGUGGGACAAUAAAUUGGAUUUCCUAUUUUCUUGCAUAAGUGUUUCCGUCGGAUUGGGAAAUGUCUGGCGGUUCCCUUAUCUAUGUUAUAAAAAUGGUGGUGGCGCUUUCUUGAUCACUUACGGUAUUGCAAUGCUGUUUUGCGGAAUCCCUAUAUUUUUUCAAGAAGUCGCUAUUGGACAAUAUCUUGGAGCUGGUGGAAUGUCGCUAGUGGGACAAUUGUGUCCACUACUGCAAGGUGUAGGAUAUGCUACGAUGACCAUUGUAUUCUUCCUCGACGUAUAUUACUGCAUAAUUAUUGCUUGGACUCUUUUCUAUCUAAUAAGCAUGUUUGUGAAUUUACCGAAAGUACCUUGGAGUGGAUGUGGAAACUGGUGGAACACGAAUGAUUGUUAUGAUGCGACCCAUGAGGGCAGUGAGUACGGAAAAAUAAACUGUUCAAAUUCUGCCGAAAAUAAUACCUGUCACCAUACCACGCCGGUAGAAGAGUAUUGGGAUCGACGAGUCCUCGGCAUCACGUCUGGCAUCGAGAGCAUCGGCAAGAUCCAGUGGGAGCUGUUAGGCUGCCUGGUUAUCGGCUGGAUGCUCGUUUACUUUAUCAUCCGUCGCGGUCUUCAUCAGAGCGGUAAGAUCAUCUGGUUUUCAGCCUUGUUCCCGUACGUGGUGCUUUUCAUUCUUAUGCUCAGUCCUGGACCGUGGAUAGACGGCGCUACCCAGAUCUUCUUCGCGUAUAGCAUCGGCACCGGUGCCCUGCCCGCUCUGGGCUCAUACAACAAGUUCCAUCAUAAUUGUUAUAGAGACGCAAUAAUUACUUGCGUAGUCAACACCCUGACAUGUCUUCUGGCCGGUUGCGUAACGUUUUCGAUACUGGGUCACAUCGCCCAAGAACAGCAAACGCAGGUGUCCGAGGUUGUCAAGAGCGGACCUGGUCUCGUCUUCCUCACGUAUCCUGAGGUCGUUUUGAAGCUACCCGGUGCUUCGUUGUGGGCCAUUAUAUUCUUCGUUAUGCUACUCAUACUCGGUAUCGACAGUGAAUUUUGCAUCGUGGAAUCUUUCAUAACUGGUAUGGUUGACUACUGGCCGGAUACACUUCGCCCACACAGAAUCAAAUUCACCAUCGCUAUCUGCCUGAUAAUGUUCGCUCUGGGAAUUCCGAUGAUUACGAAUGGGGGAAUUUACAUUUUUCAAUUGAUGGACUUCUACUCCGCGAGCGGAAUGUCUAUUCUGUGGGUUUGUUUCUUCCAAACAAUCUCAAUAUCAUGGAUUUUCGGAGCACAGAAGUUCUGUGACUGCAUACAUCAGAUGAUGGGUAUUCGAUUAAAUAAAUUCUGGUCUAUAUGCUGGGUUGUACUCGCGCCGGUGAUUAUGCUCUUUAUCUUCGUAUUCCAAAUCGUGCAAUAUAAACCAUUGAAAUAUGGCAGCAACUACGAAUAUCCUACAUGGGCAGAAAUAGUUGGUGUAUGUUUGAGUCUUUCAUCUAUGAUUUGGAUACCGGGAUAUGCAUUGUAUUACAUAAUAAGUACGCCAGGAUCAUUUAAAGAGAACGUCCUGAAAGGUCUACAACCGAACAUAAAAUCGCAUGCAAAAUUACCGAAACGAGAAAAGUCAGCCGUGAUACCUAUGUCAGAGAGCAGCGCAGGCUUAAUUACGAAAAAUAACAGUUUCCUGAGUCAAACAUGAUUAGCGUUAGCGGUUACUUCUAACUUGUUAGGUUACACUUAUCGUAAAAGUAAUAUUUAUAGUAAGAUAAAUAUAUAUAUCUAUAUAUAGUGGGUCCAGCACGAUUGGACAUUCAGUAGUAAUUUGUGUCAAAAUGGACGCGUGUCAAACUAAUCAUUUUCAUGUAGUAUGCUCAGUUAAGCAAUCAUACUAUUAUUUAUUUAAUAA